AUGUUCAGAAAUCUAAGAUAAUAGUACUAAAAAGAUCUUGAUUACCAUUUUUUGAAAGAAUUUAAUAAAUCCUCUAUGAAUUUAAGAUGCAACAAUCAGAAAUCUCCUUUUGCAAUAAAAAAAUAGUUAUCAAAAGUUAAUAUAGCAUUGUAAUCUCAAUUAAAUAAGUUAUUUGAUUAUAACGAAAAGAUAUCGAAAUUCUAAAAGUAUUCAUGAAGUUAUAGAUAGAAUAAAAUAUUAUGUUAGAUCUAGAAGUUCCUAAAAUUCUUAAGAAGGUCAUCUAAAUAAAAGAAUUUCACAUAUUCUUUUAUCUUUACCUUUUCAUUCCAUUAAAAUGCAUUAAAGAGUAGGUAUAAGAUAAUUAUGGAGAAAAUAUAUAUUUAUCAUAAUUUUUUUAUUGAGAUACUAAAAACAACGAUAAGAAAAAUUAAAAUUAAAUCUAUAGAAUAGACAUAUUUAAUUAGGAACUCCUAAGAUUCAUCUUGAUGCAACAAAAAAAAGAAGAAGAAAUGCUGAUAGUUAAUUUAAAUUAUCUACAUUUGCAGAAUAUAUUGAUGCUUAAGAUAAAUAAGAAUCUAAAACAAAAAGAUCAGAAGAUGAAAAAUUUAAGAAAAGUCCAGUUUAUUAAUCAUUUAAAUAUAAUGAUGUUAGGAUCUGCAGAUUAUUGAGAUUUCGUAAUAAUAGUGUUCUUACAUCAAAUGCAGAAUCCCCAUUAAAAAUUAAUUAAUAAGUUAUCAAAAAUAAUAAAUUACCUCCUUUAUUAUAAAUAGACAGAAGGAUGUAAAGAGUGUAUUCAAAUUUAGGUAAAUGA